AUGGAAAAGCUAAUACACAACCAGACCUAUGAAUAUUUGAUUAAGGAAAAUCUACUAGCAAAUUCCCAACACGGCUUUAGGCCGAACCAUUCAACUCUAACUGCGUUGCUCGAUAUCACAAAUAGAUGGUAUCAGAAUAUGGACAUUGGCCAACUUAAUGGUGUGAUAUUUCUUGAUUUAAAAAAAGCAUUCGAUACUGUUAAUCACGACAUCCUUCUUAGUAAGUUGGCAAUUUAUGGCAUAAGGGGGUCGGCAUUACGCUGGCUCAACUCCUAUUUAACAGGUCAAAUACAAUAUUGCCAAGUGAAUGCCCAUUUAUCUGACCCUCUAUGUGUGACAACGGGUAUACCACAAGGUUCGGCUCUUGGUCCACUCUUGUUCCUAAUUUACAUAAAUGACCUACCUAAUUGUCUGGAACACACUAAAGUCAAUAUGUUUGCCGACGAUACCCAAAUUGAAACGGCAGGUUAUGAUGUUAAUACAACUGCUGAGGAACAUAAUCAAGAUCUAGAAAACGUUGCAGUUUGGUUGUCGGCAAAUAAACUAACUUUAAACAAAACGAAGACAGAAUACAUGAUAAUAGGUAGUAAUAGAAGAGUCAAUCAUAUUAACAUAACGCCUAAUAUAUUCAUAAAAGACAGAGAAAUUAAUAGAGUCAAAACGACCAAAUCACUCGGCUUAAUGAUUGACGAAACACUCUCAUGGAAUGCUCAAGUUGAUCAAAUUACAAAAAAGGUUAAUUCAGGUCUCAGUAUCCUUAAAAGAUUGAGAGACAUUCUAGAUUACCAAACACUGAUCAAAAUUUAUUUAUCAAUAAUUCAACCACAUUUCGACUAUUGCUCACAGAUUUGGGGUUGUCUGGGUAAAGUACUAUCUGAUAAACUCCAGAAGCUUCAAAAUAGAGCAUUUCGAAUAAUAACUCGUGAAAACUAUGAUACACGUACAAUCGAUGUUUUGAACAAGGUCGGUUUUCCAAAUCUCGUGACUAGAAGAAAACAUCAUUUAGCCGUCCUAAUGUUCAAAGCCAAACAUAACAUGUUACCAAAUUGCUUAACGGAACUUUUCAUCACCUCAAAUGAAAUACAUAAUUACAAUACAAGACAGAGCGAAUUUAAUUUUGCAUUACCUAAACCUAAAACUAAUUUUAUGAAAAAGUCUUUCGCCUAUCGAGGAGCUGAGAAUUGGAAUAAUCUGUCUGCUGACAUAAAAGCUAAAACAAGUAUCUCUACAUUUAAAAAUAGUCUAACUGUAAGUGUGUAAUUUGUGUGUAAUUUAAUUAUUAUUAUUAGAUACAGUAGUAUAUGUGUAAUUAGUAUAGCUAUAUACGGCCUAUUGGAAGAUCACCCGUCUUAAUUUUUAUAAAUAUCUUGGUGAAAUAGUACCGUUUUUAAUAAAGUCAAGUCAAUAAGUCAAAGUAUAGGGAUUUGGCGUCUAUUGUGUUAGACUUUUAUCUUUUAAUGAUAAUAAACAAAAAUACUUAAAAUAUAUACAAAAAAAUAUGAUUUAAAAGUCUUAAAACUGUUCAGACACUGGCUUUCAAAACGUUCGCCAUACGUUCGUACAAAACAACAAUGUUUCCACUUUGGAAUGUUUCCACUUUAACUAAAGAAAAUUAUUGCGUAAUGUUUUUCCUAUCUUCUUUACAUCCAUGUUGAAGAUCAAUUUUUGAGUGGCCUGAAAAUGAAUGUUCUGAAAGUGUCUGAGAACGUCUUUGGUAUCCUUUGUAUAAGAUGGUAAGUUCUUACCCAAGGGUACCAUGACACGAACAAGGAAACUGGAGAUGAGUUUAGUGGGACAACCACAAGCAGAGACAAUGAGUCUACCUCGUUUAUGACAUGUGUGCGAGAUGUGGUGAAUAUGGGGUGGUGUUUAGCAGUCUAAGGGAAAUCACUCUAGCGAUAAAACUAUGAAUGACCUUAGAAAUAGUGGUUUUAUGAGUGGACAAAACUAAAAGUCGUCAUGCCCGAAUAAGAGCUCUUCAAUUCAACAUUUAAUAAACGAGUUACGAAGGGAGUAACAAGGAUAAUUGUUUGUUUCGUAAAAAUGUUGUUCUAAAUCCCCAUUUUUUUGUAACGUGCCUAAACUAGUCUAUGCCUGCUUCAGCCUGUACUUGCUCUUACUGCUCUACGUUGUGGGCGUCGCUACUCAGUGCUUGCCGUGUCUGAUUUAAUUUGAAACUUUACGCUAUCCUUGGAUCCCUAGUUAAUAACUAUGGAAAUUUUUCGUAAUGACAUAUCUAAAUUUGAAACGGAAAAAUUAUAAGUUAAUACUAAGGAAAUUUCGUUCUUAUCCGUGACAUUGACACAUGGUAUACAAGUGUCUCAUAUUGGGUAAUUUGGGAGGCCUUCGGAAAGGCAGUGUCUCAUUAUAGACGUGGGAUAACAACAUUGGACAAAAGAGUCUCACUCCAGACUUUUUCACUGCAAACACGGCGUAGGAACUGAUAGAAGGUAAUGGACUUUUAGUGUGGUUGUGGAUUGGAAAAGGAUAACGGAAUACAGCUGUGGGAGUCAGUGGGCUUGUAGAACACACAAGUAUCUCGUUUAUUACCAUUGAUUAACACCAAGAUGUAUAAUAAUGAGACACAGAUCUAACUGAUAUUUCAUGUUAACUGGAGUGCUAAAUGUAAGUUAUUAACAAAACCAUUUAUAUACCUGCCAAGCUAAUCAUGUGUGGUAUCAAUGUAUUGUCCGAAUAUAUUUUUUUCAACAGAACGAACAACCCAAUUUGGUUCCCAUGGCCAUACCACUUAUUUGUGGUUAAUGCUCACCAUUGAAGUAAAUGUUGUUUAAGGCGAGCACUAGCUCGCCCAAUUGGACGAAAAACAGCAGUAGACGGUUCAUUGUUAGGGCCAUAUAUGGAAACAAAUUGAGGGUCCUUGAAGCAUCAUGAUGCGGAAUCACAGCGUAUAGGGAUUUGGCGUCCAUGUUGAAGAUCAAUUUUUGAGUGGCCUGAAAAUGAUGUUCUGAAAGUGUCUGAGAACGUCUUUGGUAUCCUUUGCAUAAGAUGGUAAGUUCUUACCCAAGGGUACCAUGACACGAACAAGGAAACUGGAGAUGAGUUUAGUGGGACAACCACAAGCAGAGACAAUGAGUCUACCUCGUUUAUGACAUGUGUGCGAGAUGUGGUGAAUAUGGGGUGGUGUUUAGCAGUCUAAGGGAAAUCACUCUAGCGAUAAAACUAUGAAUGACCUUAGAAAUAGUGGUUUUAUGAGUGGACGACGUCAAAUCCCUGUUAACCCUGCUUUGCGAAGUGGUGCCACUCAAUUGUAGGUGGGCAUCAUUAAUAUAUAUAUUCUCUCUCCAAAAUACCAAAUUACCCCACCCAGUUAUCAGCGAUUUUGAUAACAAUGUCGUCCCGAGCACGAAAUGAUUGAAGGUCACUCAUUUCAAUGUCAGUGAGGUUGGGAGGCCUAUUGGUCCUAGAUUUAGGGAGAUGUUCUAUAUCAUAUCGAUAUUGCGAAAUGGAUAGUUUAAGGCACCCAUAUUGGUCAAAUGGAGGUGGCCAGGAAGAUUUUCUAUGAUGGAUAUUCUCAAAACAUCCUUGCGAGGAACGACGGAUUGAUGUUGAAAAUGUGAAAGUCUAGAAAUCGACAGACGAAUGAAUUAAACGAUGUCCUCGCGUACAAUAGAUGGACACGAGGAAGACAAAAUAGAUUUAACACGCGAAAUCGCUAUUUCUAAGUACGAAAAUCGUAGGACAUCGAAUCAAUGGUUCGAUGUCGCCCCAGCAUGAUAUCACUCAACAACUCAAUAACCAAUUCACACGCCCUCUUCGAACACAGCAACGUACAUAAAAGUUGAACACAUUAAAAAGUGAAUUUUUAUACCGGUUUUCAACACGGAUCCUGGCUUUUAUAUAUACAGCCAGUUCACAAAAGGUCGUUAAAUACAGAGCGCGCAAGCUUCCACGGAUAUUACAUAUUGCCUAAUAUCACCUAAUAUUAUAUUGGGCAUUAGAUUGGUGAGACAAAUAUCCGUGCAUGAAAAGUUCUCAUUAAAAAUACCGCAGCAUUUUUGCAAAUCAAAUUUUAAAACGAGUUUAUGAAUAUAAAUGGAAAUCAUAUAAUUGGUAAAACUUGUACAAUUGGAACACGUGCGCAAUAUGUAAAUUGUACAAUACCUGUAUUGCAAAUCUUCGAGUAUAUGCUCCGCCCAAGACUACUUUUACUUGCAGCAAAAGUUAUCUCUUGUUAUAUAUGUUUUGAAAAUAGAAGCUUCCUUUUCUGUUCAAAUAUAUGGACAUAUAUGGUCUGAAAACCGCACAUUUUUCGAUUUAUAUUCCAAAAUAUUAUCUCACUUUCUUAGUAGCGAUAAUUUUGUAUGAUAUUUUUCGGCAGGAAAUUCUAAUUGUGCAAGGAUAUUCUAAUUUUGCCUACAAUUUCUGAGAUUCAACUUGUUGUACACAAUUACACCAAACCUAAUAUUUACUUUACCUCUAUAUUUAGAGCUGCGAUCCAAUUACUCGUCAAGAAAAGUCUACACAAAACCCGGCGAAUCUGCAGUACUGGUUUGUUCGCUGAAUGAAACAAUCCAAUGGAAGAAAGAUGGGAAAAUUAUUACCAAUGACGGGAAUAUAAAAAUAUUUCAAAACCUGCUUGUUAUAAAUUCGGUAGACGACGAUGAUUAUGGGGAAUAUUUUUGCGAACUGCAGAAUUACAAAAGAAAAGGAAUAAGAAUGCGGUUAAUUAUGAUCAAUGACGACGGGAAUGGCGAUGAAUCGACCAAAUUUUUAAUCCCAUUUAUAGUUGUCUUAAUUUUGUUGGUAUGUUUAUUGAUCGUAACAGCCUACCUGUUGUUGAGAAGAAGACCAAAAUUGGCUACUACGAUACAACGCGACCCGUCUGCACGUGACAAUGACUAUGAUAAUGAUAAACCCAGCGAAAUCUCUAUGAAAGAAAGAUUCCCUUCUGGCGAGACUGAAGAAGAAAAAUACAACACUUUGAGUAAUGUUAGAGAAGAGGAACCUUUUUAUCAACCACUUGUCGAUGUGAAAUGUGAAGAAACUAGCCCACAGUCUAUGAGCGAGGCGUCUCGUUCAAAUCUUUACGAAGAAGACGCUUACGACAAUAUAGGUGCUAUUAAAGACGAGAAUAAUCAUAUUUAUGCUGAAGCUAAAUAACUUACAACGAACGCAAACAAAGCUUGUCUUCAUCUGCUAUUUGCCAUUUUCAUGAACAAAUAUUCAAUAGUCUACUGUAUAUUCACGUAUACAAACAACUCCUGC